AGGUGGGACUUUGGAGAAGGACGAAGGAGAAGAGGAAGGAGAGCAAGCCGUGUGAUUGGAAUUGGAAUUGGAAUUGGGAUUGAAAUCUCAAUCAGAUGAGGCAGAAGGGAAGGAAGCAGAAGGAGCGGAGUUGGGUUGAAGUUUGUUGUUUCGAUUGCGCAUGCCUGCAGCUUUGGCCGAAGAUUGUGCUUCGGAAAUGGCUCAAUAUCAGCACGAAAGACUCCGACUUUAGCGCUGAUGAGGGGGAUACCACGGAGAGCGAGUUUGAGUAUGAAGAGUUGCGUGAUGGGGAGGGGAGAAUCGGUGGAUUUGGAGCUCAAUCUAAUGAUAUCUCCACUGAGAACAUGCCUUUCAAGGGACGGAGAAGAAAGUCAGAGACGUUUCGUUCACAAUAUAUAAAUACCAAAGAACUCAGGGUUUGCGUAGGGACGUGGAAUGUUGCAGGGAAACUGCCAUCUGAUGAUCUUGAUAUCUCAGGGUGGCUGGAUAUUGAGGAGCCUGCUGAUAUCUAUGUGCUUGGUUUUCAGGAGAUUGUCCCGUUGAAUGCUGGCAAUAUAUUUGGUGCCGAGGACCACAGACCAGCCUCGAGAUGGGAGUUUCUAAUUCGUAAAACACUGAAUAGUAUAAAGCCGGCCAAGCCGAAGUAUAAAUGUUUCAGUGAUCCUCCAUCACCUUCGAGAUUUAAUCCAUCAGCUGAUGUUCUUGCUAUUGAAGAUGAGAUAUUGCCUGAAAGUGACAGUGAUGGUGAUGAGGAAGUUCAUCCAUUGGAAGAACACUCAUCCGUCUUCCAUAUGGGUAACAAAGAUGGAUUCACUGAAACUGGAGAUGGUUCACAUUGCAAUCCAGCGUCUUAUGACACUCUUAGGACUCAUGCUGAUGUUCCACAAGAAUUUGGCUUUGGCAUGCAUACCUCAAAGAGAUUACAAGAUCCAUAUUGUGCUUUAAUGGAUGCGGUAGGAAAUUCUAAACCAUCAAUAGCCCAACAAACCAGGCUAAUCAGGACCCUCAGCUAUUCGGAGAGGCCGGGUUUAAUUUGGCCAGAACAACCAUUGAAUUUGUUGAAUCAAACAGAUUUUGAAGGCUCAAAAGCACUAAAAAGUCUCAGGUCUUUUAAAACCUAUAGCUCAUUUAAGUCAUCUCAAGGAGAUAACAAGGUUUCUCCGAUUACAAGUCUGAUCACUGAACUUAACCUGGAUGCCAUGUUAUGUAAAAAGAAAAGGUCGUCUUUUAUAAGGAUAAUAAGCAAGCAAAUGGUUGGGGUUUUUCUUUCAAUAUGGGUCCGUCGAAGCCUGCGCAAGCAUAUUCAGAACUUGAAAGUAUCUACUGUUGGUGUAGGUGCCAUGGGUUACAUUGGCAACAAGGGAUCAAUAUCAGUCAGCAUGUCUAUAGAUCAAACAUUUUUUUGCUUUAUAUGUAGUCAUCUAACGUCAGGCGAAAAGGAUGGGGAUGAACUUCGAAGAAAUGUUGAUGUCCAAGAAAUUCAUCGUAGAACACUGUUUACUUCAGCUUCUUCAAAGGAAUUGCCUAAAGUUAUCUAUGAUCAUGAAAGGAUAAUUUGGCUCGGAGAUUUGAAUUACCGCAUCAACUUACCUUAUGAAAGAACACAUGAUCUUAUCUCAAAAAAGGAGUGCUUCAAGUUGGCAGAGUGGGAUCAAUUAAAGAAGGAGCUGAAGAAAGGGCGUGUUUUCGAUGGUUGGACAGAAGGUGAUCUGAGUUUCCCUCCUACAUAUAAGUAUGAAGUUAAUUCAGAGAAGUAUAUUCGGGAUGAUUUAAAGGGUGCCAGAAGAACACCUGCUUGGUGUGACCGCAUCCUUUCAUAUGGUAAAGGAUUGAGGCUUCUGAGUUACAGAACAAGCAAGUUAAAGCUUUCAGAUCACCGUCCCGUCACUGCCAUUUACAUGGCCGAGGUUGAGGUAUUAUGUCCCAGAAAGCUACAGAGAGCUCUCACUUUCACCAAUGCGGAGCUAGAAGAUGAAGGUGAAAUGGUGCAAGACUUUGAUGUGGGUGCAGGAAUGGACCACAACUAAAGCUUGGAGAGGAAAUCACAGAAUUGACUCAGCUGUAGGCAAGGUUUCACUCUCAUCUUAUGUGUACAUGAGAAUUAUUUUGUUGAGAAUGUCAAUUUUCUCUUCCAAAUAAGGUUAUGCUUUGAUGAAAGUCAAUUGCUUGUGCAGUUUGAUUAAGUAACGUCACUCUGUACAGUAGAAAAGCUUUGUCUAUUUCUUCUAAUGUAGAGUUCCUUUGUUUCA